UUCCUCCUCCACCUCCGUUCGCUUCUUCGCUCCUAGAUCGCGCUCCUCGACCUCCUCUCUCUCUCUCCUCUCUCUCUCGUCGCCGGCGAUGUCGAGCUCCUACUCCGGCGGCGGCGCCGCCGCGGCGUCGCCGGGGCAGCACUCGCUGGCCUUCCGGGUGAUGCGCCUGUGCCGCCCCUCCCUCCGCGCCGAGGACUCCGUCCUCCGCCUCCACCCCGCCGACCUCUUCGCCGGCGAGGACCUCUUCGACGACCCCCGCAUCUCUCCCUCCCUCCUCUUCCCCCCCUCCUCCACCUCCGCCGCCGCCACCAAUGGCGGAGACUUCAGCUUCCGCCACCGCUUCCAUCUCCAAGACCCCGCCGACGCCAUCGCCCUCUCCGGCCUCCUCGUCCUCCCCCAAUCCUUCGGGGCUAUAUACUUGGGGGAGACGUUCUGUAGCUACAUCAGCAUCAACAAUAGCUCGCGCUUCGAAGCGAGGGAUGUGGUCAUUAAGGCAGAAAUGCAAACUGAAAGACAACGGAUACUGCUAUUGGAUACAUCAAAAUCGCCUGUUGAGUCAAUACGCUCUGGAGGCAGAUAUGAUUUUAUUGUUGAACAUGAUGUUAAAGAACUGGGUCAGCACACGCUUGUGUGCACUGCUCUAUACAAUGAUGGUGACAGUGAGAGAAAGUAUCUUCCACAGUUUUUUAAGUUUGCUGUUGCCAACCCGCUAUCUGUUAGAACAAAGGUUCGCACUGUCAAGGAUUGUACAUUUUUGGAGGCUUGCAUUGAAAACCACACAAAAUCAAAUCUUUACAUGGAUCAAGUUGAAUUUGAGCCUGCUCAACAAUGGACUGCAACAAGAAUGGAAGCUGAUGAAAAUUCUUCAGAAAUAAGCCCUAAGAUAAGGGAUAUUUUUAAGCCACCAGUUCUAAUCAGAGCUGGGGGAGGGAUAUACAAUUAUCUUUAUCAACUAAAGCCGUCAUCCGAAGAGUCCAGCCAAGUUAAGGUAGACGGAAGCAAUAUUCUUGGAAAAUUUCAAAUAACAUGGCGUACAAAUUUAGGUGAACCUGGACGCCUGCAGACUCAAAACAUCCAUGGCACGCCAGUUGUGCACAAAGAUGCUGAUUUACGAAUUGUUGAACUUCCAUCUGCCGUCUAUCUGGGAAAACCCUUUUUGGUACAUCUAUGCCUCACAAACCAAGUGGAUAGAACCUUGGGCCCUUUUGAAGUUUAUUUAGCUCCUAGCAUUUCUGGUGAGGAGAAGGCUGUCUUGGUCAAUGGACUUCAGAAGUUGGUUCUACCGCCAGUGGAAGCUUUUGAUUCUGUCAACUUUAACCUGGUGAGAGAGGCCAUCUACUAUUUUGUGUUUUCAUAUCGAAGGAAUCUGGUUGCUACUCGGCUUGGGGUCCAGAAAAUUUCAGGAAUUACUAUUUCUGCUGUUCACGAGAAGAAAUACUACGAGCCAUUACCGGAUAUAGAGAUUUUUGUGGAUGCAGAGUGAGUUUGCAUGAUCUACCAGGGUGGAAAUCUUAGAAAACGUUAUUCAACUGACUUACACAUAUCUUCUUAAUUUAGUUUUUUCACACAUCUGAUUACUUCGAUAAAAACCUCCUCGAGAUUGCGAGCAAUCAAGCUAUAUAAUUGCCGCCCCGUACGAUGGGAUAAAGCAGGUGCAGCAUGGUGGAUACUUAGGUUUGCCCUUGAAGAGGAGUUAUUGCCUGCGGUUCAGAAUUAUGCAAACAAUUCAGGAGUAUAGUGUACAUCUGUUUUAUUGUAUCCCUCUUUUUUUAAUGUGUUUACUCAUGACAACCCCUUGUUUUUUUAAAAAAAACUUUUUGAUGGUUAAAAUGCAGAUUAGUCAAACGUUCGAGUGAAA